AUGUUUUCAAUUGCGAAACGAAUGGGAAAAAGUAACUGUUAUAAAAUUAUGUUCUUUAUUGGAGUUAUUGAUAUGGCAACAAUUUUAUUUGCUGGAUUCUUAACUGGAUAUAUGGGGUAUUUCGGAUUUGUUUUCUGUACUUCGCCAACAUUUAUGUAUUUUUCUGGGGCCUAUAUAUUUUUUUGCUGGACGUCAGAAACUUCACUGGAAGUAAUUUUAGCUAUUAAUCGUUGCAUUGAACUAUUGUCUACUCAACUCGCAAUUAAAAUUUUUAAUGGCAAAAAAAUGUUUUUUUGGAUAGGCAUUCCAAUAAUAUAUGGUCUAAAUAUAAUUACAUGGUCAAGGCCAAAUGUAUUUACCGGCAUCUACUUUGGUUGGUUCUUCAAUCCGCACAUUGGAUAUAUUGAUAAUGUUGAUCAAGAAUAUGAGAACACUUUUCAUACAGUCCACAAUAUAUCAGUCAUAAUUAUUCUUACAAUAACAUACUUAGCAUUUUGUAUAAUUUUUGUACUAAAAUCUAAACAAGGAGGACAACAUUCCAAUCAACAAAGCUAUUCUGAACUAAUGAUUUUUAUUCAAAUCUUUUUGAUUAGCUUAUCUAAUAUUCUUGGCGCUUCCAUCUAUGUUUAUAUGCAAUAUAUCGACUCGGAUGAAGUUCUUAUUAUACUUGGUCAAUUUUUUUGGUUGAAUGCACACGGUCAAAAAUAUUUUUAUAUUAUUUACAUAGUAUGA